CACCGCUCGCGCAGCCCAGAGCAUCCCACAUACUCGCGCGACAUCAAUAACAAUGGCAAACCGUAGUCUGUUUUGGUAGCAGAUCUCUGAUUGGAGCUAGACGGUCCGAAAGCCUAGUCGCUCUGUUCACGUCUUAUUUCUUUUUUUUUUUUUUUUAAAUUGGCGAGUUUCGUCUAAAGACAAGAGCGUUCGUCUAUUGUCAUAUUUGGUCGUUUUUAUAUAUAUAUAUAUAUUUUUUUUUCUUUGGAAAAUGUGCGAGGCGCUGUUGGCAAGCUCACACAGUCUGUGCAUGUGUGUCCCUGCUGCUGCUCUUCUGCUGGGCUACGGCUACUAACCUAGCUGCUUUUCACUCGGUGGUUAGCUAACGUUAGCCUGGCCGCGUUUAUUGACUUGAAGAGAGAGAGAGAGAAAAAAAAAAAAAAACAAACACUAGCGAAUGUAAAGCGUGUUUGCGCGAUCUGUUUUAUGACAACAGUCACUAACUGUUUUCUAGUCGUUGUUGUCGGGUACGGUAAGAAGUGUUGUAUGAUUUGUCGUAGAAAAUACUUUGCUGGCUAGCUAACAGGCUAGCUAUUUGUGUGUAUUCUUCGACUGACUGAGGAAAACGGCGAGUUUUCUUUGAAAGUAUGGAUGACCAGACCAGGAUGAUGACGGGUCUCACCGGACUCGGUGGACUACAGCAAGCCGAUGUCGGUGACCCAGACUCGGUUAGGAAACAGCAGUCACUCGGUCAGCCUCAACAAGACAUAGGGGAUAUCCUACAGCAAAUAAUGGCCAUCACCGACGAGAGCCUGGACGAAGCACAGGCCAGAUGCUGGCCAGAGGAAUCGCCGGCGCAUUGGGGUGGAUCAGACGACCCCACAGAGGGAGGGAGAGCAGGGGGGGGCAUGGCAGGGGGUGGCCUGCCACUCAACUUCCAGCACAGGAAGCAUGCCCUGAACUGUCACAGAAUGAAGCCAGCCCUCUUCAGCGUUCUCUGUGAGAUCAAAGAGAAGACGGUGCUGAGUAUACGAGGUGUGCAGGAGGAGGACCCCCCAGAUCCUCAGAUCAUGCGGUUGGACAACAUGCUGCUAGCAGAGGGUGUGUCGGGACCAGAGAAAGGUGGAGGAUCAGCUGCAGCGGCUGCAGCAGCAGCAGCAGCAGGGGGCUCACCCACCGACAGCAGCAUCGAACACUCCGACUACAGAGCCAAGCUCGCCCAGAUCCGCCAGAUCUAUCACUCUGAACUGGAGAAGUAUGAGCAGGCCUGCAGUGAGUUCACCAACCAUGUAAUGAACCUGCUGAGAGAGCAGUCGCGCACACGGCCCAUCUCUCCCAAGGAGAUUGAGCGCAUGGUGGCCAUCAUCCACCGCAAGUUCAGCUCCAUUCAGAUGCAGCUCAAGCAGAGCACCUGCGAGGCCGUCAUGAUUCUGCGCUCACGCUUCCUUGACGCUAGACGUAAGAGGCGCAACUUCAACAAGCAAGCUACAGAGGUUCUGAACGAGUAUUUCUACUCCCACCUGUCUAACCCUUACCCUAGUGAGGAAGCCAAGGAGGAACUGGCCAAAAAGUGUGGGAUCACCGUGUCUCAGGUCUCUAAUUGGUUUGGCAACAAGAGAAUACGCUACAAGAAGAAUAUUGGUAAGUUCCAGGAGGAAGCCAACCUCUACGCAGUUAAAACAGCGGUGGAUGCUGCCAAUGUGUCUGCGCAGGCUAGCCAGGCUAACUCUCCGGCAACGCCAAACUCAGGUGGAUACCCUGCACCGUGCUACACACCUGACGGGCGGCUAUGAGGAGCUGUCGGGCAGUGGCCUCUACACCCCUCAUCGCCUGGAUAAUACUCUCUUCCCUGACUGUUUGCAGGCUAACAGCUGGCAGGACACCACCAACCCCCCCUCGGUCACCUCCCCUCCCGGUCCUCCUGGCAGCGUCCACUCCGACACCUCCAACUGAUUCGGUGGCUCUCCUUGCCAUCACUUCAUUCCCACCGCGGUCUGCUUCGACUACCAUCCCCUGUCCUCAUUUUUCACUGUUCCCUCGUCUCUCAACUAGACAGCCACACAAGGCUGUACUCGCAUUUCAUAAACACACACUGUGCUGGAACACAGGACAGCCGACCAGUAGUUAGGAGGAAUUCUCCCUCCUCCCCACAGCUCCACUUCAAUGCUAGAAGCUCCAUAACUCUGAAUGAAAGAGGGACGGAGCUUACUGAUGCCGAGACAGAUAGAAAACAUCUUUACUAUCAAGGACCUUUUGAAAACCACUGACCCAGCUGUGUAGAUGAUCAUGAUGUCUGUACAUUAUGUGUAUAUGCACGUUAACUUCACACAGUACUCACACAGCUUGUCCAUGUGCUGUUGACCUCUGCACUCAACCCUUUGCUUUGGAAAACUGUGUGUGAUUGCCUGUAUCUCUUGAAGCCUUGGCAUUUGACAGCCAAACUGUUGAUACGGAUCACCAGGGAGCUCUGCUCACCUUGCUCGUACCAAAGUGCUGCCCCAGUAGUUGUCAACACAUCUGUUCCUCUUGAGAUCACCCUCCGCCGACUCAACACAAGACACUGUUGUAACUUCCAGUCCUUAUAGCUUGAUGUUCCAUUCUGUUGGAGAUUUCAAAGUGAGUACUUGAGAUAUGCACAAAUGUGCAUGCACCCCCCCUUCCAUAACGCACACCUCACAACUUUUCAGUCGUUUUCAUAGUGAGCUGACAUAAAAGAUGUGUCGAGCACAAAAGUUAGUAUCCUCGUUGUGGGCGUGUCUACCUGUAAAAUGGUAGUUAAGGGGAUCACUGUUCUAAACCAGACAGGACAGAUGAUGAUAGGGCUGGUGAGAAGAGGAGGAAAGGGCAGACAGAGGAGAAUAUCUUUGGUUGGGUGGAUGUAACUAAUAGCCCUUUUUGUUGCUAACCAAUAGAGGGUGUUGGUAGAUGGCUUGUAGACUUUACUUCUUGCUUUCUGUCCACUAGUUUAUUUGAUUGUAGGCUAUUUUCUAAUGCUGUUUCACCAAGAAUGCACCAGCCACCACCAAAAAUGAGCUCAAUAAAGCAUCUAAAUGACGUUAGGAGAUGGGUGGAAAGAUUGUGGGGCAUUGAUGUGUUAUUGGGACAAACGUGACAUGAAUUUAGAAACGUGACUGUCUUCCAUGCAUGUAGGACUUCUAGGCGUGAUAAUAUUGUUUUCAUUUAACCUUCCGAGUUUUUAGCUUCGUUUUUAUUAACAAAAAAAUAAAGGGUAUAAUUAUUACAGUCAGACCAAAAAGGAAAAAGUGCAUCAUGUAUUGCUAUGAUGUGUGUGUCUCUGUGUGGGCGUGUGUACAGUGUUCUUGGGAUGUCUUAGUCAAACUGGCUGGUGCCCUCUGACCUUUGUAAGCAUUAUAGAGACUGGGUGCUUCCACCAGCCAAUGGCACACCAGGUGGGGUUCAACUGAGAUCUCCUCCCCAUCUUGAAACAUUUAAACUUGUGAGCCCGAGGCAACACAUUACAACCUUCUGUUGUACCAAAACCAAAAAUACCACAUUCAGCAAUGUAAUAAUGCUACUCUGUAUCUCUCUCUAAAGUUGGUGCACAGCCACCUUUUCAGUUUGAGGAGAGGAGGGAAUUAUAUUUGUAUCUGUGUCUCUCUGUGUGGUGUUGUCAUGCCUCAAGUUGAUUUGAUUUUUGGGGGGUUUUGUUGUGGGGCGUUCAUGGGAGGGUGGGUGGAGUGAGGACUGUCAUAUCACACCUGUAUUUUGAUUGUGAGCAUAGAAGGUAUGCUCUCCCCUGUACCCAUCUUUUAAUAUUUUCUGGUAAAACCACAACUAUUUUCCUCUUAGUUCUAUGGCCAAUUGGGCAAGGGCUUCUCUCUCUCCUCUGUUACCAAAAAAAGAGGCAGCACUGGGUGUAGUAAAACUCUUAACUCACGUUUAAGACAUACCUGCAACCUGUUUUUGGUGAUUUACAUUUUUUGGAACUAUUUUAUACAUUAACGGUUAUGUGAAUAACAAAGCAUUUUGAUAGUAAGGUAAAGCCUUAUGAAGAUUUAAGUGUCAGUCAAGACUUUGUUGAACCAUGUUACAGAACAAAACUUGAGCUUCUAGGCUGGUCAUAUGUGAUUUCCCACAUCUAAUUACUUAUUUUGUUACUCAUCGCAGUUCAUACGACUGUAUCUUAUGAAUAACGUUAUCACCACACCAAAUUAUCAUCCUCCCCCUUUUUCUACCUGUUGUAAUGGAUGUCACUGUACAGUUUGUGUAAUGUUUCAGUAUUUUUUCUUUUUUCUUUUAUAAACUUUGUUGUUUGUUUGAGAUCUGCCAGUUUUAUUUGGCCUUUGUGUCACAGGAUUCACAAUAACUCUGUAUCAGUUUUGAAUAUUAUUUAGGUCUUUUGUUACAUAACCGGGAGGCAAUGUGGGGUUUACAGGUGUAAACAUUUGGUGCUGUGGAACAAAAACUAUCAAUUGAGGUUCUCCAGUGGUCAUGAUUUGAUGCAUUUUUGACGUAUAGAUUUUAUGGACCCCUCCCUUUCCAAUUCACUUUCAGUUUCUAACUUUUCCACACUUUUAAAUCUUUUCUGAAACCUGCUCAAAUUAUUCCACUGAAUCUCUAAGGUCUUUUUAAAAAGGAGUUUUGAAAACAGUUGAAUAGUUACAUGAAGGGCUGUUAAUACAAACUCUUCUUUUUCCAAAUGUAUCAGCCCAUGUAGCUAAACGUAAAGGUGCAACCCUAAAAUGUAUUCCCGUGGGUCAUUUUUAAUGCUGAAACAUUGUGAGUAAGUGAGAAUAAGCAAGUAUUUGCAUGCAACUCAGGGUGUUGAUGCUGAAUUUGCUUUGAAAAGUUGUGACAUCAUGAAAGAGGAAGGCCUACAUACCUUUACACUUAAAUGCGUACAGAUAAAAAAACAUUCAUGUCUAAACACUAAAACACACGUUGUCCCCCUAUAUCUUAGAUCUGCAAUUCUAAAACACAGAACAUAAUUUUACAUUUAACCGUUGAUCAUGUUUAUAUCUCGUUUGGAUUCUGACUAAAUGACUUCCACAGCAUCAAAUGGCUUCCUAAACCUUUUGAUUUCUUUUGUUUUUAUUAGUAUAUUUGUAUCUCCCCUCUUUCCCUUGUAUUUACCCCUCUCUCUACCUCUGUCUUUCCAUUUCUCUUGUAUAUAACCCCCACUGUUUUCAGACUUGUGAGUCUGUAUGAACUCCUUUUAUACCUCAACUUUAGAAUUGUUCUAGAAAGAGUAAAAACAAAAAGGAAGAAUAUGACAAAUUGUAGUGUUCUUAUUAGAAAAUUAAUAAAAUGAUUUAGUGUGAUUUUUCAGUAUUUGAUUUCAGACUUUAGAGUGUUUCAUUUUAUAAUUUGUCACAAAUGCUCUUGUGAUAGUCAAAUGUAAUAAAAGGAGAGAUUGCACCAUC